AUGAGCAGCACACGGUAUCAACGGCACCAAGCUGUGUGCGUGAACAGGUCGAGCUUGCCUAGCCAAUACACAACAUACAACCAGUGGCUGCCUCGCGCCCGCAACAGAAGGCCAAAAAAGCGCCCCAAGUUCCAAUCGCCGGGGGUAUCCAGGUCCCCAGACAGUCAGUUCAACACGCCCAGGUAA